CAUCUUUCUAUAAAGUUCGCGGGUCCCUUUCCCAUUUUCUUGCCCUUGCUUUCCCGUCGCUGUCUGCAUACCUUUGUCUUCGUGUAUGUGUGUGUGCUUUUAGUUUGUCGGAUUCUAUUUACUACCUCGUUGGUGAAGUUCUAUUGUCUCGAUCCUUUUCUCGGGUUCGGUGCGUGAAUUGUAUAGAACGCUGCGCUGCGCUCGCUGCCUUUUGCCCAUGGCACGCCAAAAACAGACGGCGCCUCUGCAACGCGCGACUUCUUCUGAACUGAUGCAUGUUCCACCGAAUGAUUCGGGGCCGCAGGCUCUCAAGCAGCAGAAUGGAGGUGUUGUCGCAAAUGGUCAUGUUGCUGCUCCGAAGGACGCGGCGCAGGAUACCCCCGGCUUGAUGCAGCUUGCUGUCUGUGUCUUGGGAAUCUACGCUUCUUUUCUCUCUUGGGGUGUUCUCCAAGAAGCCAUUACCACCGUCUCCUAUCCGGUCCAGCCCCCGAGCGCUGAGUUGCCCGAACCCCCAACCGAGCGCUUCACAUACUCGAUUGUCCUGAACACGAUCCAGUCUACCUUCGCAGCGAUCACUGGCUUCCUCUAUCUCUUUUUCUCGACCCCGUCCGGACAGAGAAUCCCUUCCAUCUUCCCCACCCGGAAGAUCCUCUUCCCCCUGCUCCUAGUCAGCAUCUCCUCGUCCCUCGCAUCGCCCUUCGGAUACGCCAGUCUCGCGCACAUCGACUACCUCACCUUCAUCCUCGCCAAGUCCUGCAAGCUGCUCCCGGUCAUGUUCCUCCACCUGACCAUCUUCCGCAAGCGUUACCCCCUCUACAAGUACGGGGUGGUCCUCCUGGUGACGCUCGGCGUGGCCACCUUCACGCUGCACCACCCGGGCACGAGCAAGAAAGUGGCCGCCUCGGCGGCCAAGGGGCAGUCCGGCUCCAGCAUGUGGGGCAUCUUCCUGCUGUCGAUCAACCUGCUCCUGGACGGCCUCACCAACACCACGCAGGACCACGUCUUCAGCUCGCCGCAGACGUACACGCGCUUCACGGGCCCGCAGAUGAUGGUCGCGCAGAACGUACUCUCAACGCUCCUGACCAGCAGCUACCUUCUGGUAAUGCCGCAUCUCUCGGCGACGGGGCUCCUGCACAACAUCCUGCCGAUUCCGAUCCCGCCGUCCACGGAGACGGAGCUGACGGCCGCGAUCGGGUUCCUGUCGCGCCAUCCGGAGGCGCUGAAGAACGUGCUCGGGUUCGCGGCGUGCGGCGCGAUCGGCCAACUGUUCAUCUUUUACACGCUGUCGCGGUUCUCGUCGCUGCUGCUAGUGACGGUCACGGUCACGCGCAAGAUGUUGACCAUGCUGCUGAGCGUGUUCUGGUUCGGACACUCGCUGUCGGCGGGCCAGUGGCUGGGGGUGCUGUUGGUGUUUGGCGGCGUGGGCGCCGAGGCAAUCGUGCAGCGCCAGGAGAAGAAGGCGAAAGCUGCGGCUGCGGCUAGAAAGAAAGAGUAGUUGUAGUAGUCCCAGGGCGUGCCCUCCUCAUAUUCCAU